AAUUAUUGGAGAGGAAAAGAUGUGACAAAGAGCAAUUGAGAUACAAGGUAAGAUUUUAGGUUAGGAGAAGGAAGAUGAAGCACUUCAGGGUAGCAAGUUCUGCCAGUUAUCACCGUAUUCUGUGAUAUUUUGUGAGUGAUGAUUUGGAGAUUGUAUAGUGGUUUCAGGUUGGCAUAUAAACAUAUCUUACAUUACUCCAAAAGAUGUGACCUCGAGCAGAAGAUCCCCCAAUAGACAAAAGCCAAGGAUUUUUCAUAGCAUUUUCAUAUAUCUUUUUGUCUAUUUGCUGGGUGAGAAAAUUUUCAUAUAUUUAUGAAACAUGGAUUAUUUCUAUCUCUGUAUGAACAAUUCUGCCACAAUAAUAAAGCAGUUAUAUCUAUCACAGAAAUUGUUUCUCCAGCUUGUGACUUUAUUUCCACUUCGUUGGAUUUGUUCAUUUAGUCUGUAAUUUUUUUUUGAGUCCUUGUAUGCAACUCUGUGACCUGGCAGAGAACAGACAAGGCCUCUACUCUCAUGGAACUUAUAGUCUGGUGGUGGAGGUGAAUGACAGUAAGAGCUAAUAAAAAUACCAGGAAGUGAGAACUCCUCUGAUGAAAAUUAAGCAAGGUGAUGUGAUAGGGUAUAAUAGGGGAACUACUUUAAGUUAGGUAGUUAGGAAAGACUUCUUGAGGAAGUAAUUCAUAAACCAAGGCAUGCAACAAGACAGAAAAGAGCCAGAUGAGUGAUCAUUUGGAGGAAAAACAUUCCGGGCAGAGGGACUAGGGUGUGCAAGAGUUUAUAGGACUCAAAAGGUUGCUGCCUGGUUUGGACAAAGAUAAAUGAGAAAAGCAGGAACAUGUCAUGCUGUAAGGACAAGAUCCAAAUGGAUUAACUGUGUUAUUUAGGGUGAAGUACAAACUCUUUAUUUUUUACAUCCUCAACGGAAAUUGCUUUAAAAAAUAUGGUUGAGCCCUCAUUUAUCUUGAAUGAUUCUUACUCACUGCAGAUAAACUCUCCAGCCCUCUUGCUGGCACAUGGUGAGUUCAAGGCCCUGAUCUAGUACGACAACGGAAUUUCACAUCAGCCCUGAGCCUGGAAAGAUGGUGUCACAGUCCUCAGACCAGCAGGAUUUUCCUGUGGAGCCCUGGGAAGGGGUGAGUGAUGACUCUGGUGACACUGAUGGUUCACCCCACCUCCUGGACACUGACUACCCCUCUUGCCCAUCAGACGUCAGGUUCACGAGGCACAGAGCUGCCUGGAUUAACCCCCAGGAUAUGCAGCCUCAGCUGCAGGACUUGCCGCUUCAGGUGCCAACAGUGGGGAACAUUGGCAGCAACUUUGUGGGGGAUGCUACCUCUCCCUUGGGCACUUCACCAUUGUCUCUCGAGAACUCCAUGGUGGAGACAUCAUUGUGGAAGGACACUGUGGACUCCAUGGGCAGCUCAGGUAAAAAGAGCAGUGACUUUUCUUUUAACCCCACACAAGAGCGGGCAGUACCCCCAGGACGCUCUCCUUGGAUGUCUCCGUUCACAAGCUCCAAGAUUUUGACUGCUUCCCUAUGUUCUGAAGCUGACAGUGCUUGUUUCAAGCCUUCUCACCUGACAGCUUCCACUGACGAAGGUGCUGUUCAAAUCAAUAGAAGAAGCAUUUCAUUAAAUUCCUUCUCAGCAGAAGCAUUUGUGCAUCCAGUUGAUGUAGAAAAGGAAAAUGCCCACUUUUAUGCUGCAGAUAUGAUUAUAUCAGCAAUGGAGAAAAUGAAGUGUAACAUCCUGAGUCAACAGCACACAGAGAACUGGAGUAUAGAAGAAGCCAGUGGGUCACUUGGGAAUGAUCAAAGUGACUCUGAAGUGACCUUUUAUACCAAUAUAAAGCAAGAAUCCGGGUCUUCCACUUUUUCAAACAGUGGCUAUGAAGGUUGUGCUGUGUUACAGGUCAGUCCAGUUGUUAAAACACCUACUUACUGUGAUGUGGUGAAAGAGGCCUGCAAAUGUGACUUUGAUAAAUUUGUUAUUGUAGAACUUGGAAAGUUCAGCAAUACCACAGAAACCUGUGGAUGUUCCUGCAGCUCCUCUAAGAGUGUUAUUUAUGAGCCAAACUUCAAUUCAGCUGAGCUAAUAGCCAAAGAAUUGUACCAAGUAUUCCGUAAGUGCUGGAUGUUGUCAGAAGUUAAUUAUCAGCUGGCAGUUUCCCUCAAUGCAUCUGGCUCCAUAGUUGUAAAUGAAGAGCGUGUGGGAAAAGACUUUGAAUCCAGUGUGGAUUUAGGAGAGGAAAUUAAAUUUAACUCAAGGAUCAGAGGGACAGAAGACUGGGCACCCCCUAGAUUUCAAAUCAUAGUUAAUGUUCAUCCACCACAUAAGAGGGAUCUCGUGGUAGCAGCCCAGAAUUUUUUCUGUGCUGGCUGUGGAACUCCAAUAGAACCUAAGUUUGUGAAGCGGCUCCGGUACUGCGAAUACCUGGGCAAGUAUUUCUGCGACUGCUGCCACUCCUAUGCGGAGUCCUGCAUCCCUGCUCGGAUCCUGACCAUGUGGGACUUCAGGAAGUACUACGUCAGCAAUUUCUCCAAAUGGCUGCUGGAUAGUAUAUGGCACCAGCCCAUUUUCAAUUUGCUGAACAUCAGCCACAGCCGGUAUGCGAAGGCCAAGGAGCUGGACAGAGUGAAGGAAAUCCAGGAGCAGCUAUUUCACAUCAAGAAGCUAUUGAAGACCUGCAGAUUUGCUGAAAGUGCAUUGAAAGAGUUUGAGCAGGUGCCCAGACAUUUGACCGAUGAGCUCUACCUGUUCUCCCUGGAGGACCUGGUCAGGGUCAAGAAAGGGCUGCUGGCGCCCUCACUCAAGGACAUUCUGCACGCUUCCCUUGCCCACGUGGCCGGCUGUGAGCUGUGUCAAGGAAAGGGCUUCAUUUGUGAAUUUUGCCGGAGUACAGCUGUCAUCUUCCCAUUUCAGAUCACAACGUGUAGAAGAUGUUCAGAGUGCAGAGCUUGCUUUCACAAGCAGUGCUUCCAGUCCUCUGAGUGCCCCCGGUGUGCAAGGAUCACAGCUAGGAGAAGACUUUUGAAAAGUUUUCCCUCUGCAGCGACAUGAUGCCCAAGUACUGUGAAAAAGACUGUUUAACACGCCUCCUCACAACACCAAUUUGUAUCUAUUAUUGAUAACAUUAUUUUAGAUAUUGAGUAUUAUAUAUUAAGAAGAAAAAUGGUCACUAUUCUCUUUAUUAUAUCUUUAGUAUUUUAAAACAAUGCAGAUUUGUUGUCAUUAAGUGAAGGGUUGUUACUGGCAGUUUUGUUUACAAGUAAAUACUGCUACUGUUUAUUCUAAGAGGUUUUUUUAUACUAAUAAUGUCUUUGAAUAGUUGUAUUUUACUAAUUUUGGAGCUUAUUUUUUUAUGAAUUUUAACUGACAGGAUGAAUUACUCCAUUCUUCCUGCAAAGCUGUUUGUGAAGUGGAUUGGUACUUUCACUGAUUAAAAAUACAAACAAAAAUCUCUUUGCUCAGGCUUUAUUUUUGGCUUAAAUGCCAUUUUGUAUUGUAUCAGUCUUACAAACUUUAUUUCAGGGUUUACAUAGAGAGUACACAUUACUUGUGCAGUUACAUCUAUUUCAAAAUGAGUUUGAGUUGCUUAACUGCCUGUGUAGAUGCUGUUUGAAUCAUUUGCCUCUAGAUGGCUCUCCUUCAGAUGGCUCAAAUCAAAAGCUGUUUUUGUCAUCUCUGUUCAACACACUCAGUCAAGGGAUGCAUGGAUGAGUAGAACCUUAUCCCUGCCCUUUAGGAUGUUGUCUCAUAGGUAUAAAAUUGAGCAUAAGAUAUUUGAAGAUGUAAAUAAGGUGUGGGAAAAUAUUGCUACUAACAAUGUGAUAAAGCAGUACAAGUUGUUCCCUAACUCCAUCCAGUCCUGUGUGUGUGUGUGUGUGUGUGUGUGUGUGUGUGUGUGUGUGUUAUUCAGUUGGAUAAUAUUGAGCACAUGAAAGAAAUUAGUAUCUCCUAUCAAUGUGGUGUUUUCUUAUCCUGUCACUUGUUUUCCCAUCCUGAUACUUCUGCCAGAUCUCUGCUCCCAUUUAUUAUUUAAGCCAUGUCUCUUUUAAAAAUAAAUAUUGACACACGGGAUAAGAUAAAUAAAAAACUAAAAAAUAUUUUAUUCUUACCCAGAGCUUAUAUUCUAUGUUAGGAAUCAAGGGUCAGAGUGGAAUGCUGACAUUCCUUAUAACAGCUCUAUGAGGUUCAUGUCAAUAUCUCCAUUUUGCAAUAAGGAAACUGAGGCUUCAAAAAGAGAAAUAAUGCACUAGGGCCCUAUGAGUAGUGCAUGGUAGAGGUGGGAUUGGCAUUUUACUUGACCUGCCUCCAGAGCCGUGUUCCUACUCCCUACUUCUGUGGUAUCCUUUUGAGGUAAUAUGAGCAAAAACAACUUUAACUUGUAAGUUUUGCUCCAAUCUCAGCGAGUGGCAUUUGGCUGAGUGGUUUCUCACAUUGCCUUGCACUGAUUUGAGGACGUUGCUGUGACUCAUGCUUUGCUUGAAGGUCUCUGCGUUCUGGUGCUGUGUCUAUGAAGCACUGAUGAGUGUGUGUAUGGCACAACUUUGAUGUUGAGGAAGAGUGCACAGCACCUCUCAGGAAGUGAUGCUUUUGAUUUCUUUAUUUUGAGCAAGAAUGAAUCAAUUUAAAUAACCAUUCUAUGGAUUUGGCUGAGACAGAUUCUUCCCCAUCAUGGUCAUAAAGGCUCCUUCCCAGUACGGUGCCUGUUUGAACAGAAAAGUGGCUUCAGCCCGCAUGCAGCACGCUGUAGGGAAGUAAUUAGGUGUGACAUAUAUUGCUCUUUAAUGGCAUUUACUCCUUACACUGUUUUUUCAUGCAACUUUUGUUUGGCUGCCAGAAAGAAGAUGAAGAUUUGGUCUUUCUCAUCAGACUGUCACCCACUGUGAGGCAUUGAGUUGCAGUGCUGUGAUUCCAGUGAUUCAUUUUAUGCCUUUACACGGUUCACUUAGGAAAUUCCAGUAACUUGCUCUUUAUAGCCAUGACUCUCAGCUGCAGGUAGGGAGUUAUAUCAGGGGAGAGUAUAAAGGGAGUGAGGGGGGUGAGGUAUCCCAAAGAUGUUCUGGUAUGUUGAAUUGGGUGAGAAUUAUUGGAUUGAUUCUCAGAUCUGCUACUUCCUACCUAUGUAACUCUGGGCAAGCUACUUAAAUAAUAUGCAUCUCUGCUUAUAAAAUUUGGGAUAAUAACUAUAUGCAGGAUUAGAAAUGAAAAAGAAGCACCCAGUAGCAGGCCUAGUAUAAGCAGGCAUCUAAUAAUUGGUAUAAUUAUGUCUAGGCAAAUUAAAAACUGAGUUAUGCCAUCUAUCCUAUAUCUUUGUAUAAGUUACUCUCUGAGUCUCAAUUUAACAUGAAGGUGAGAACAAUGGAAUGAUACUAUUAUGGGUUAAUUGUGACCCCCCCCAAAAGAAAUGUUGAAGUUAUAACUUCAGGUACCUUAAGUGUGACCUUAUUUGGAAAUCGAGUGUUUAAAGAUGAAUUAAGUUAAGAUGAGGUAAUACAGCCAU